AUGAAAAAGGAAGUUACAGAUAAUAAUAAAUUACCAAAUAAGGAAAUGAAUAAUUUCCGACUAAUGACCCAAUUAAUAGAGUUAAAAAAACAUAAAAAAGCAUAUAAAAUAUGUGAACAAAUUUUAAAGAAAUAUCCAAAAAAUGGAGAAACAUUAGCUGUGAAAGGAUAUUUACUAAAUUUGUUAGACGAGAAAAAUAAAGAAGAAGCUUUUAAAUUUAUUAAAGAAGGAAUCAAAAAUAAUUUAUUUAGUAGUUUUUGUUGGUAUUUAUAUGGAUGCUUAUACAAAAUGUAUAAAAAUUAUGAUGAGUCUUUAAAAUGUUUUAUGAAGGCUAUUCAAUUAAAUAAGUAUGAUUAUAAAGCAUUAAAAGAGGCAUGUAUACUUUUAUUAUAUUUAAAAAAAUACGAACAGUUUAAGGAUUUACGAUUAGAUAUGUAUAAAGAUAGUGCUAAAAGUGUUAGAGAUAAAGCUAUUUUAAUUUUUUCAUUUCAUUUAUUAAAAAAUUAUGAGAAGUGUUAUGUAAUUAUUAAACAAAUAGAAAAUGAUUUAGUCAAUGAUAAUGAUUUGACUAGUAAUGAAAGACAUGAUCUUUUAAUAUACAUGAGUGAAAUACUUCUAGAAGGAAAAAUGUAUAAUGAAUGUUUGGUAUUUUUAAAAAUGCAUGAGAAAGAAUUAAUAGAUAAAUUAUGGUUUUAUCAAAUGAUGGGAUUAAUUUAUUUAUAUGAAAAUAAUUUUUUACAAGCAAACUUUUUUUUUAAAGAAGCUUUUUCCAUUAAUUAUGAAAAUAUAAAUUUACUAUUAUUAAUUUUAUUUACAGAAAAUAAUUAUUAUAUUAAAAAUAAAAAGAAUGAUAAAGAAAGAAUAGGAAGAAUUAUAGAUGAAACAGAUAAUACAAAUUUGUUGCAAAAUGAAUCAGAUAAAAAAACUUUGUCUAGUCUAUUUUAUCUCGAUUACAAAAAUGAGCAUAAGAUAAAUGAAAAAGUGGAUAUUAAUAAAAAUGUUAAGGUAUUAUUACAUGACUGUAUUUUAGAUAUAUAUGGAUCUGAUAGAAACUUAAAGUUGCUAUCAAAAAUUGAUAAAAAUAUUUUAAACGAUUAUGUAUGUAAAAAUUUAGAAAUGCAUAAAUAUGAUGUAUAUACAAUUUCUGAAUUUAAUAAUUUUGUUAAUAUAAACUUAAUAGAUGAAUCUAAAUUUAAAGAUAAUUUGGAUUCGAAUAAUGUAGAUGAAUAUAUUAAUUCAUUAAAAAUAAAUCUGAAAAAAGAAAGUAGUAACUUACAGUCUAAUAAAGAUAUAUAUUCCUAUAACAAUGUUCAUUGGUCAAUGAUUUUUGAUGUUGAUCUUCUAUAUUGCUAUAAAAGAAAAUUUGAAAAAAAUAUGAAUACACUAUAUUAUUAUAAAAUUAAAAAUUUAAACGAAGAAGAAGAAGAUUGCUUUGAAAGUUAUUUUAAAAAUUUACAAAGAAUAUAUGAUAAAUCAAAUUUAUUAAAAAUAUUUCCUUUACAUUUUUAUAAUGAAAAAAGGUUCUUUUAUUAUGUAGAAAAAUUACUGCGUAGUUUAUGCUUUCAGAAUUCUUUAACAAUUUUUAGUUAUUUCAAAUCACUUUUCACAUUUAAAAAUAUUAAAAUUAUUCUUUUUAUACUUCAUAAAUACAUUGAUAAUUAUGAUAAGACAAAGGAAAUAUUCUCCUUUUUUGAUGAUAAUUAUAAUAAUUGUAACAAUUCUAAUUCUUUAAUGGAAAACAUACGAAAAGUAAAGAAAAUGAACAACAUUAAUGAUCACGAAAAUAAUUUUGAAAAAAGAGAAUGCCUACUUGAAAAUGAUUUAAAAAGCGAUCUCGUAGAACAAAACAGAAAUAUAAAUGAUAUAAAUGAAAUGAAAAAUGAAAAAAUAAACAGUAAAGCUUAUAAUAAUAUCGAAAAAACAGAUGGUGAUAAUGAAAAACGCCAUACAGAGGAGUUAGAAAAUGGAAAAAAUACUGUUAAGGAAAAUCAAUUAGAAAAUUUUAUAGAAGAAAAAGAAGUGUUAAACAAUAUGAUGGGAAUAUCACCAUUAGGAAGAGAAUCAAAGAAAUCUGAGAACGGAGAUGAAAUAAAAUUUGAUAAAGAAAAAAAGGAAAUAAAAAUUGAUAUAAAAAAGGUUUGCUUAACAGAAGAAGAAAAAAAUGAGUAUUUUGUUUUAUGCCUAUAUUCAUUUAUUAGUCAAAUAUAUGACUAUAUUAAUUGUACAAAAGAAGCAUUAAAUUUUAUUGACAAAGGUAUUAAUAAUAUUAAAUAUAAAAAAAACGAACAUAUAAAAUAUGAACUAAUUUUUAUUAAAGGGAUCAUAUAUAAAAGAAAUGGCAAUUAUUUAGAAUCAUAUAAGUAUUUAGAACAAUGUAGAAAUCAUAAUGUCGAUGAUAGAUUUAUUAAUACCAAAACAGUUAAAACUUGCUUAAAAUGUGGGCUAAUAAAAGACGCAAAAAAAACUGCAACUCUUUUUACAAACCCAUUAGAUAAUAAUUUUUUAAAAAACAUAAAUGAAACACAAUGUUUCUGGCUAGAAUAUAAUAUAUCCUUAAGUUAUAUUAAUAACCAUCCUAAUAUACAUUUAAAUAGUUUUUUAAAUUCCCAAAAGAAUAAUAUUUAUAAUUUUAAUGACGAUGAGAAGAGUGGCAACAAUAGUGAUGAUUUCAAUUUAAAAAAAAGUAUUUUAUUAGAUAAUGAUAUAAAUUCAAAAAGCAAAUUUAGUGAUUAUAGUAAAGGAUUGAAUCUUUUGCAUAUGGCUCAUAAGCAAUUUAUUGAUAUUCAUGAAGAUCAAAUUUGUUUUUAUCAUUAUGCAUUAAGAAAGAUGCUAUUUAAAACAUAUAGACAUUUAUUAUAUAUGACAGGAAAUAUUUUUUCUAGUAGAUUUUAUAGAAAAAUUGGAAAAAAUAUAAUUAAAAUUUUAUUAAACAUGCAUGAUUAUGAUAUUUCAGAAAAAGAUGACUUAAACAAAAAUAAUAAAAAAAAAAAUAAAUCUAAUACUUCAAAUCAAGAAGAUAAUGAAUUUUAUGAGUGUAUUAAAAAUGAUCCUUUAGAAAAUUCUUUGAUAUACAUGAACACAUUUUUAUCACAACCAAAUAUUGAUUUAUCUGUAUAUAAAUUAAAUUAUGAAAUCAUAAAAAGGAAAGAUAAAGAUCCUGUAAAAAUGAUUAAUAACAUUUUAAAAAUUAAGUCAAUAUUUCCACAUCAUAAUUAUAAUCACAAAUUGGCUCCAUUAAUUUCCCAUUAUUUAUACACUGUUUCACUCGAUCACAUAAACGAAGAUAUGAAAAAAGAAAUAACAACUAAAUUAAAUGAAAUAUUUAAUUUAAAUCAUCCUGAAUAUAACGAUGAGUUAUUAAAACAAAUAAGAAUAAAAUAUAUGAAUGAUUUUAUCAAAUUUUUCAAUGAGCAUAAAAAAGGAGAUUUGUGCUAUUAUCAAGCAGCUUUAGAAAUGUAUAUUGACUGCAAUGAAGCAAUUGAUGAAAGAUUACUAAAAGAUAUUGAGCUCAACCCAGAAAAAAAUAAAUUAGGAAGAUGUUUUAAAUUUUUAAAAUUUUUAAUUAAAAACAGAAAGAAAUAUCCAGAAUUAGUCGACAUUAUGAAUAGUUUUAAAGUUUUAUGUGCUGAAGUAUUCCCACUAGCAACAGCUUUUCAUUGA